UUGUUAUGGUUCGUGCAGCCGUACAAAAAAAAACAAAAUUAAUUGAUUAAAACGUCAAUUUAAACUUAAAUUCUACGAAAAAUUGUGGAAAAUUACCUCAACAUUGCGCCAAAAUGACUGUCAAACAUGGAAUCCAUCUGGAUCCCUCGACACUCAAAUUUUCCAUCUUCAGUUCUGACGACAUCCGAAAAUUGAGUGUGACAAAAAUCACCACCGGACAGGCCUUCGAUGAAAUUGGAAAUCCUCUCACGGGUGGAUUAUACGACAACGCCUUAGGCCCAUGCACAAAUCGAGACAUUUGCAAAACUUGCUUCAAAGAUUAUGCUUCGUGCACGGGUCACUUUGGGCACAUUGAGUUGUGUUUGCCCGUGUACAAUCCGUUCUUCGUGAAAAUGGCUUACAGUAUCCUGCGGAUGAGUUGUUUGUCGUGUUUCAAGCUACAAUUGCCCGACAUUACCAAAAGUGUGACGGAAUUGCAGUUGGAACUCGUCGAUGCCGGUUACAUUAUCGAAGCGGAGGAGCUGGAGCAGUACAAGAGCGAAAACGUGAACGAUGGCGAGGUCAAAAUAAAACUCGAAAAUGGUCUGGAAGUGCCAAAGAAAGUUGCCGAGUAUCAAGAAUUGCUUAUGCGAGAACCGUUUAAUCAAUAUGGCAACACAAAAAGUACGGAAUCGAUCCGAAAUGCCAUUCUUAACAACACAAUGGCGAAUUGCGUGACGAAAACUUGCAUUCACUGCAAGCAACAAAUGAAGAGAGUCAAGUUUUCGUACAAAAGACUCGUUUUUGGGUUGACCAAAGGCGACAUGAAGGUCUUUUAUGGCGAUGAAGAAGAUGAAAAAGCUGACAAGAUAAAAGCAACAAAUCGUAACAUUUUCGCCGAUGAAUGUCGUCAGUUCUUGCGAAAAUUGUACGAAAAUGACGGAAAAUUUCUUCGUUUGCUAUUUCCGGUGCUAAAAAAUGUCAGUCAAUCCGGAAAAUGUCCCUUAGACGCACUGUUUAUGGAUAUUUUACCUGUUACGCCUUCAGUUGUGAGACCAUGCAACAAAUUACGCGGUGAAAUUCUGGAACAUCCUCAAACAACGGUCUACAAAGAAAUUCUGCGUGCCAAUAAUCUCCUUCGAUCCGUCAUUGCCGUGAUGAAAAGUAACAGCAAAGAAGAUUCCAUGGUAAUUUCGAAAGACACCCAAUCGAUUUAUGACUUGGCCAAGGGAAAUUCUGCCGAUGAAAAGUUGUACAACGCUUGGAAUCAUCUUCAAGCGCAAGUUGACUUAACGCUCGAUGUUGAUCCGCGUGCUCCGGUCUCUGGACAGGGAUUGAAGCAAAUUAUCGAGAAGAAAGAAGGUCUCAUUCGCAUGCACAUGAUGGGAAAACGUGUAAAUUAUGCCGCUCGUACCGUUAUUACGCCCGAUCCGAAUAUCGGAGUUGAUGAGAUUGGGAUUCCGGAGGCUUUUGCACUGAAAUUGACCUAUCCGACACCUGUUACGCCAUGGAAUAUUCAAUAUUUGCGGAAAAUUGUCACGAAUGGACCGAAUGUUCAUCCAGGUGCUUGUUUCAUCGAAAACGAGAUCGGCCAGAAGAUCAUGAUUUCCCCAACGAACGAAACGCAACGUGAAACACUCGCCAAAACCCUUCUUACUCCAACCGAAAGUCGUCAAGGUGUCAAAAUCGUGCAUCGUCACUUGCAUAACGGCGAUGUUUUGCUGCUGAAUCGUCAACCGACGCUCCACAAGCCCAGUAUAAUGGCUCACAAAGCUCGUAUCCUCAAGGGCGAGAAGACUUUUCGUUUGCACUACUCCAACUGCAAAUCCUACAACGCUGAUUUCGAUGGUGACGAGAUGAAUGCGCAUUUCGCACAAAAUGAACUCGCCCGCAGCGAAGCCUACAACUUGGUAAAUGUCGCGAAUCAAUAUUUGGUACCGAAAGACGGAACUCCCCUUGGCGGCUUGAUUCAGGAUCACAUCAUUUCCGGUGUGAAACUCAUGUUACGCGGAAAAUUCUUUAACAAGCACGACUACCAACAGUACGUUUUCCAAGGCUUAAGCAAGAAAUCCGGGCAUAUCAAGUUACUUCCGCCAACGAUUUGGAAGCCGAUUCCACUUUGGAGUGGCAAACAAGUUGUUUCAACGAUCAUCCGGAAUUUAAUUCCCGAAGACGUGCCACCGAUAAAUUUAACGGCAACGGCGAAAAUUAGUGCAAAAGCGUGGCAGAGUCAAGAAUCGCGUGAAUGGGCUGCUGGCGGCUCGCCUUUGGAAGGAAAUUCAAUGUCUGAAGCGGAAGUCAUUAUUCGUCACGGUGAACUUUUGUGUGGAAUUUUGGAUAAAAAUCAUUAUGGAGCAACGCCUUACGGUUUGGUGCAUUCAAUGUACGAAUUAUAUGGCGGCGAUGUCAGUUCCAACGUUUUGAGUGCCUUUUCGAAGCUUUUUACGAACUAUUUGCAACGCGAAGGGUUCACUUUGGGUGUUAAGGACAUCAUUGUGUUGGAGAAAGCGGAUAAGAAACGUGCGAAAAUCAUCAAGAAAUGUCGAAAAUCCGGUAGAAUUGCUGCGUUGGGGGCACUCGAACUCGACUUGGAUACGCCUGACGAAGUGAUGAUCGAAAAAAUGGACGAAGCGUACACAAAUAAUCCGAAAUUUCGCACAAUUAUCGAUCGGAAGUACAAACAAGUUUUGGAUUCGUUCACGAAUGACAUGAACAAGACAUGCAUCCCGACUGGUUUGGUGAGCAAAUUCCCGGAAAAUAAUCUUCAGUUGAUGGUGCAGUCAGGAGCCAAGGGUUCAACUGUCAAUACGAUGCAAAUUUCGGCGUUACUUGGACAAAUCGAGUUGGAAGGAAAACGUCCUCCAUUGAUGAUUUCACGAAAAUCUCUUCCAAGUUUCCCGAGUUUUGAGACUUCGCCACGUUCCGGAGGUUUCAUUGACGGUAGAUUUUUGUCUGGAAUUCGCCCGCAAGAAUUUUUCUUCCAUUGUAUGGCAGGGCGUGAAGGUCUGAUCGAUACAGCUGUCAAAACAAGUCGUUCCGGAUAUCUUCAACGGUGUCUCAUCAAACAUUUGGAAGGCUUGAAUGUUAAUUAUGACAUGACGGUUCGCGAUUCUGACAACAGUGUCGUUCAAUUUAUGUAUGGCGAGGAUGGAAUGGACAUCAGUAAAGCUCAAUUCUUUAAGACGAAGACAUUGGAGUUCUUAAAUGACAACCGAGAUGCAAUUGUGAACGAAGAAUUGUUGAAAAAAUUGAAGAAUGAUGAAGUUAUUGAUGAAAAAAUUAAUAAACAUAAGAAGAAGUUGCGACAAUGGAUAAAGAAAAAUGGAUCAGCUUUGGCAAAACAUCGAAUUAGUGCGUUCAAAAAUUAUUCUGAAGAGGUUGCUAAGGAAAUGGAUAUCAAAAAUCCCAAUAAAAUCAAAGAAGGUCGUUCCCGCCUCGCAGGAAAAAUAGUCGAAUCCUGGCAAAACGCUGACCAAGACAUCAUCACGCAAUACAUCAAGAAAAGCCUUCGUUGUCCUGAUCCGACAAUCAGCAAAUUCAGUCCCGACAAUCAUUUUACUGCAAUUUCUGAAUAUUUGGAGUCUCUCAUCAGCUCUUUCGCCAAAACGCACAAUGACAAGGACGAGCAAAGUGCUUUUAGUGACAUGUUGUACGUAAAGGGCAUCACAUCGCUCGCAGCUCCUGGAGAACCUGUUGGACUUCUUGCAGCACAAUCCAUUGGAGAACCAUCGACGCAGAUGACACUGAAUACUUUCCAUUUCGCCGGUCGUGGUGAGAUGAACGUCACUCUCGGUAUCCCUCGUUUGCGCGAAAUUCUCAUGAUGGCAUCGAAAAACAUCAAAACACCCUCGAUGGAUAUUCCUUUUUUGAAAAUUGAAGAUCAGGAAAAGAUUUCCGAGAAACUGCGGAUCGGAUUGAACAAAGUUACGGUCGCUGAUGUGCUGGAAACUGUAAAUGUCAAAAGCAAGUUGGUUUAUUUCCCACAACGAGGACGAGAAUAUGUCCUCCGGUUUCAAUUUUUACCUCGCGAUGGCUAUAAAAACGAAUUUUGUGUCAAGCCGAAGCAAAUAAUCAAACACAUGUCGAAGAAUUUCUUCAAACAAAUGUUUAGAUUAAUUAUUCAAGCGGCAAAAGAGAAAAAUACGAUCAUUGACAUCGAAACUGAGAGUAAAAAGAAGGGAAAAGAAAGCACAGAAGAGGCAGGAGGUGAUGCCGACACCCAAGGACCAAAUAUUUCCGUUCGCCCAACGCGAAAAGACGACAGUUCCGACGAUGACGAACCAAUGGGCGACGAUGCUGAUGCCACGGACGAACGAAAACGCGCGAAACAAGCUGACGAACGGGAUUACGACGAGCCUGAAGACCCUGAAGAGAUCCAGGAUGCCGAAGUAGAGGAAGAAGACAUGAUCGAAGAAGUCCCCAUCGAUCCGUUGGAAGAACAGCAAGAAAUGGAAGCAGAAACUGCAGAUGUUGUACGAAGUCACGAGUUUGCCGAAGACUAUACUUUCGACAAAGAUCGUCAUUUGUGGUGCCAAAUUCGUUUCUGUCUGCCGAUGAAAUACAAAACGAUCGAUUUGACGAAUCUCUUGCGAAAUCUCGCCAAAAAAUCGAUUAUUUGGGAAGUUUCGAAGAUUAAUCGUGCCAUCACGUAUAUGGCGAACGAUCGUUUGACCCUCAAAACGGAUGGCAUUAACAUCCAGUCCAUGUUCAAGUAUGACACGGUGCUCGAUUUGAACAAAUUAUACACGAACGACAUCCAUGCGGUGGCAAAUACGUAUGGAAUUGAGGCAGCUGCCAGAGUUAUUGUGAAAGAAGUUCAGAAUGUCUUUAAAGUUUAUGGCAUUACGGUAGAUCCGCGACAUUUAUUGCUGAUUGCCGAUUACAUGACCUUCGAUGGCACCUUCCAACCACUGAGUCGCAAGGGAAUGGAGGCAUCUGCGUCGCCGUUGCAGCAAAUGUCGUUCGAGUCAUCGUUAGUAUUUUUGAAAUCAGCGACGAUUCAGGGAAGAGCUGAUAACCUGGCGUCGCCAUCGAGUCGCUUGAUGGUAGGACAACCAUGCAAAAGUGGCACGGGCAUUUGUACGUUGGUGAAUAACAACGAUUAUAUUCUAAAAAGUUUGAAAAAAUAAUUAUUUUUAUUGUGAAUUUAAAAAAAAAUUUAAAUAAAAAUUGUUUUACAAAUUUAAA